AUGACCGGGCUGAGGCCACUACAUCUAUGCUUCUGUUCCCGUUAUGCUUUGAUCGUCUGGUUCCGAGAUAUUGACUUUCAGGUUGUUAUUGUUAUCGUUGCUUUGCUUUCAGUACAGCUGUUCGCUUCCAAACCCAACGUGUCUCAGACAAGCCGACCCAAGACACGUAAAUUUUUCACAAACGUUCGGCCACACGGUGAGCUUCAGGUGAUGCGCGAGCAUUUGUAUUGCACAUCUCAUGCCCCUUGUCCUGACGUACGCAGCGGUGAAAGUCAAGCUGGCCUUGAUAGAUACUCCGAUCGCUGCCGAGUUGUUCACGUACCGUACAGACAAGUACUCAUCAAGCCCUAUCUUACAACUCAGAAGACGCACUCACAAAACCUUUCAUUUCCUUUGAAACAUACGAUCCAACGGGUCUGCGUCGCCCAACAACCCGGCUAUAACGUACAGCUCGCAAUGCCUAUUUUUGGUUCCCACUCGUGUGCCGUGACUCAGCCAAAGUCAAGGCUGAUUUCAGGUCCCAUGCACGCUCGCCAUGUCGGAGGUGUCAGUAUUACUGGCGGCACUGGUGGCAACACAUUACUAGAUAGCUACUUCGCCCCGUCUUCACUUGAACCCGACGAACUGCCAUCACACACAUACGCAGCCAGUGGAAGAAUCGAGGUACCGCGAAGAUCUAACACCUUCACGGAUGCAGUGCGGAGGCCCAGUCUAUCAUUGAAGAGGAGCAUAUCACGUUUGCGCACUGGAUCACAUACACGCAGUUCUGAGGGGCAUAAGAGAAGCCAGAGCGACCAUCACGCAACUACGGCGACGACAAGAUCAGACCCGACAUCAACACAACUCGUACAACGAAAGCCAAGUCCAAUACCCGCACGGCCAAACUUGAGCUUGGACUGGGGCAUACAGGACUCUGCAUCAAGUUCAGAAAGUCCGGAAUUGUUUGUCGCACCCGAGCCACCUCCAAAAGAUAUUCCUCGCGUCAACCCCAAGAUAUCAAUGUACAGCAUGUCAGCAAACUCGGUCGUCACAGACUACGAAACCCCUCCCAGGAAAGAGGUACCGCCACCACUCCCGGGCCGACCUAGACGUGCGGACUCGGUCACAACGAUCGGGUUUGACAAAGUACCUGCGGAAGAGCGACCGAUGGGGUUCAAAGAAAUCGCUGCCGUACAGAACUACAAGGACAGAAUGGUGCUGUACGAGAAAACCAGGGACUACUGGGCGAAUGCUGAGCAUGGGUUGGCGGAGUGGACAGGGAGGACUGGUGGGCCGAGAACUACGCAGUUGAGAAGAGAAGAGAAGCGAACUGGCUAUGAUUGUUUUCCUAUCGUGGAAACUCGUCGUUGA